ACUGAAGCCGAAGCCGAACCAGAAACACUAGCUGAUGGCCUCCUAGGACCAGGCCCCCCGCAGACGCCUACCCCACCCCCUACCCCCGGGCGGAACACGCCCUCAGUUACAGCCCUUCGGCCAGAGCCUUAGGUAACCUUGAUUCCGGGUCGGCAGCGGCCACAGCCCGCAGCGCAAGCGGCCUCGGCGGACCCCCUGCCUGCAGCGCGGCCCAGUGCACGCCGGUCCCACUGCCGGGCGCCAGCCGCCCACUCCGCAGCAGCCGCUCCGCUCUCGACCGCGCCGUUCCGCCCGUCGGCCAGCGGCCCGCCCAUGCUCUUGGCCACCAGGAGAGCUAGCCAGCUUUUCCACAGCCUCUUUCCUGUCCCGAGAAUGGGCGACUCCGCCUCUAAGAUCGUCAGCCCCCAGGAGGCAUUGCCGGGCCGGAAGGAGCCGAUCCCCGUCGCGGCCAAACAUCAUGUCAAUGGCAAUAGAACAGUUGAACCUUUCCCAGAGGGAACACAGAUGGCUGUAUUUGGAAUGGGCUGUUUCUGGGGAGCUGAGAGGAAAUUCUGGACUAUAAAAGGAGUAUAUUCAACUCAAGUUGGUUAUGCUGGAGGCUACACUUCCAAUCCUACUUAUAAAGAAGUUUGUUCAGGAAAAACUGGCCAUGCAGAAGUAGUCCGAGUGGUGUACCAGCCAGAACGCAUCAGCUUUGAGGAACUGCUCAAGGUCUUCUGGGAGAAUCAUGACCCGACCCAAGGCAUGCGCCAAGGCAAUGACCAUGGUUCUCAAUACCGCUCAGCCAUCUAUCCAACCUCUACCAAGCACCUGGAGGUGGCCCUGAGAUCUAAAGAAGACUACCAGAAGGAGGCUGCAUCGCUAAUGGGAACAGGGGAACACACACAGGUUCUUUCAGAGCAUGGCUAUGGCCCGAUCACGACCGACAUCCGGGAGGGACAAACUUUCUACUAUGCGGAGGAUUACCACCAGCAGUACCUGAGCAAGAACCCUGACGGGUACUGCGGCCUGGGGGGCACUGGCGUGUCCUGUCCACUGGGUAUUAAAAAGUAAUUUCUCCCCAUGUGGUCAGCGCUUGAGGUGACAGCAAAAAUGCUUUCAACAAAUUGGGCAAUUCUUUUGUGGUUCAGGUCAGCAGCUUUUCAAAGUACACAGAGCACAAAGGCAUUCAUAAAAAUCUGGUUUAAUGAGGUGUAAUUUACAUGAAGUGCAAUGAAUGGCAAGUUGAGAACAUGCAGUUUAUCUUCUGAUAAAUUAUGGUGGGACUAGAACUGUGACCUAUUGGGGUCUGAAUGAGGAUAAUGAGUAUGCUUUGUUCCCCCUGCUUGGGCCGGGACGCCUGCCACAGAAGCUGGGGAAGGAAGCUGGGAGAUUGUCGGACAGGAUGAGGCAUGUCGGACACCCUUUAUCUGUGCCCUUUCCCACCUUACCUGCCCUCUGCCCUCCAGUGCCUUAACAUCUGCAAACAUUUAUAGCCUCAAUGAAUCAUUCACUGCAAUACUUGGCUCUUCUGAUCCUGUAUGUGUAAGGGGCUUUCUCUCCUUUUCUGCCCUCCCAUGGCAGAGAAAAGAUGUGAGUUAGCUUGACGAAUUCAAACACUUUGCUUACAGCUAUGAGAAAUGCUUGUUCUAAUAAAAGUUUACAAUCCAAUACAAA